AUGAAGGCCUCUUUCAUCACCGCCGUUGCCGCUAUGGCCGGCUCUGCUUUCGCUGCCCCCACCCCGGCUACCGGUCUUGAUGGCUUCCUCAAGGGCCUCAAGAUUGGCAACAUCGCCGAGGAGCUCAAGCUCAAGGAGCUCCCCGUUGUCUCCAAGAUCAGUGAGGUGACCCAGGUUAUCCACAAGAUCCCCUCCAAGACCUCCGGCAGCGGCUUCCCCUCUUUCAGCGACCUCCCCUCCGCUAGCGGCGUCCCCUCCGCCGACGGCGGCCACCUCGUCCAGGACCUCGGCCCCGAGGCCGACAACAUCCUGACCGUUGUUGGCCCCGAUGCCAGCGUCCUGCUCAUCGAGCUCUCCCCCGAGGUUACCUCCCUCGUCAGCGGUCUCGGUCUCCCUGCCCUCGGUGCUCCCCUCGGCUCCAUUGUCGCCUCCGCCUCCGGUCUCGGUGAGCUCGUCACUGGCCUCGGCCCCGUUGUUGACAAGCUCGUUACCGUCGUCGGCGCUGACGCUGGUGCUCUCCUCAUCGAACUCUCCCCCGAGGUUGCCGGUCUCGUUUCCGGUCUCGGUCUCCCUGCCGUCGGUGUUCCCGUCGGUACCGUCGUUGCUACUCUCGGCAAGAACCUCAAGCGCGGCGAGAUCGUCCAGGACGUUGCCCCCAAGGUCAAGCACACCCUGACCGUCACCGGCCAGAACGCCAAGCAGCUCCUCAUCGAGCUCUCCCCCCCCGUUACCUCCCUCGUCGCUGGCCUCGGUCUCACCUCUAUCUCCGGCCCCAUUGGCUCCAUCGUCGCUGAGGCCUCUGGCCUCGGUGACCUCGUCAAGGACGUCGCCCAGCCUAUCGAGGACCUCCUCCACAUCGUUGGCAAGGACGGCAAGCACCUCCUCAUCAAGCUGUCUCCCAACGUCGUUGAGCUUGUCACUGGCCUUGGCCUCCCCACUGUCGCCACCCCUCUCGGUGCCAUCCUCACCACCGUCGCUGAGAACCUGUAA